GUCUAUAUAAGUCUUGGCAAGUUGUUGGAAAUGCCUUUGGCGAUAGAGUUUUUCCUGACGCUCCAGCAUUCGCGUCUGAGCCUCAUUGAGCGUCGCAUCGCUCCUAAUUUUCUCCCCAGUUAUUAAAUCAAAAAAUGGCGGACAAGGAAAAGAAGAAGAAGCCCAAGAAGAAGGAAGAGGCGGAAGCCGAACCGGAAGUCAAAUCACCAGGCGACUCAAACCGCGCCAGCAGUCGAGGAAGCAAACGCGCGAAACGAUCUGGUUCCAAUGUUUUCAGCAUGUUCACUCAAAAACAAGUCGCUGAAUUCAAAGAGGGAUUUUCUCUAAUGGACCAUGACAAAGAUGGUAUCAUUGGCAAAAGUGAUCUGCGCUUCACCUUCGACCAGGUUGGCAAAAUUUCCAGUGAAAAGGAGUUGGACGAGAUGCUCGGUGAAGCUUCAGGCCCUCUCAAUUUCACCCAACUGUUGAACCUUUUCGGUACCAGAAUGUCAGCCUCAGGAGGUGCCGAUGAUGACGAUGUUGUUGUCAAGGCUUUUAAAAGCUUUGACGAUGGAACGGGCAAAAUCAACGGUGACAAAUUGAGAAAAGCAUUGAUGACUUUUGGAGACAAAUUUUCUUCAAAGGAAGUCAACGACGCCUACGACCUCAUGUACAUAGACGAUAAGGGAAGGAUUGACACCGAAAGUCUUAUUGGCAUGAUCCUUGGAACCGGAGAAGACGAAGAAGAAUAAACACGCAAACCAGUCCGCCAGGAUACAAUUUUUUAUUCAUCUUUUAUUUUUCUCAGUUUAAAUACAAUUAUAUUUAAUAAAAAUUAAGUACAAUUAUAAUUAAAUUGAUCCAAUGUAAAAUUACA